AUGGCGAGCACAUUUCAUCAUCCUCGGGUCUCGGCCGUUCAUCUCUCCGCUCCCUCUAUUCGGCCACGAAACCUCACGAUGCGCAACUUUUCUCUCCCCAAGCCCCAGCCGGCCAUCUCCCUCGUCACCGAGAUCCAGUUCGGCAUCAAGCUUGAAUUCCGCGCUCCCCCUGUCGCCGCCUCGCACCCCUGGCCAGGCGUCUCCGACCGCGAACGCAACCUGUACUACUUUGCCCUUGCGCUGCAGAGGGCUGGUCUCCAGGCCGCCUUUCUCCUCGACAAGCAAGACGAGGCCAAGGAAGACGAGGCCGAGGAUGAGGGCGAGCAGGCAACCCCAGGCAAGGACAGCAUCCGCAAGGACAGCGAGAACGAAGAUGCCCCAGAGGCUGAAGGCUCACAGCUCCCCCAGAUGCCUAGCAAGUACAUCGUCAAGACCAAGCACAACCCCGACAUGUUCGUCAUGAACCCCCAGUCGUCCACCCCCUGGAUCAACGCGGGCGCCAAGGACAAUCCGCUGCUCAGAUACUGGCUGCUCAAGGCCGGUACCGAGAACACGGCCGAAGUCCAACGCCAGGGAGUGCACCUCAACUGGCAGCCAAUGGAGCUCAGCAGCCCGAUGCUGCGCGAGUCCGAGGCCAACAACCUGUUUCCGGGCAUCAACACGGCCGUCUAUGAAAUCUGGAUUGCGCAUCCGGCCAAGCUCAACACCCACAUUGCCUGCGGCCUCCAUGUCGAGGUUGGCCCGGCUGUUGUCCCGUCUCUCGGCAUCAUGGCCUCGCUUUCUCAGGGGCUGACUCAGGGGCUCCAGCGACAGCACCGAGGAAGCACAAACAGGGAAGUCCAACCACCCCGGCCAACUCUCACCACUCUCCAGGCCCAGCGCGUCGCCACGCUCGUCGUCGUGCUCGAGGACAAACUCCUCUUCCACCUCUGCCACCCCAGCCGCCGCCAAGUCUACCACCAGCUUGCCACAGGCUCAGGCCUCGCCCACGCCCCCAACACACCAGCUUGUCAACCCGCACAAGCAAACCUACCCCCCAACGUCCUCGCCGGCAGCGGUCCCGUCGAAAGAGCCAUCAAGCACCUCUGGACGGCCACCGACACCGAUCAAGUCCAGCAGCUGCUCUCCCUCCUCCACCCGCGCGCCCGCGACAAGUCCCGCACCACGGCGCUGCACAUCACCUCCCACGCGCACGAAGACGGCGGCGUGACGCACGCGCUCGAGUUCCGCCACGCGCAGGCCACCUUCAGCCAGAGCUUCGUCGACAACUGGACGCGGUUGGCGCUGACGAUUUGCAAGGCGGCGUUUCUGCCCACGGAGAGGUUCAAGCUGCUCGUCGCCAUGCUCUAG